AGAGAGUGAAGACCUUGGAGGCUGAUUUUUUUUUUCUUCUGACCUUUAGUCUAAACUGACAGUGAGGUCAUCAUAUUGGUCAGGAUUUUUUUUCCUUCUUCUCUGAAAAUCGUGCAAUUAAAAGUGUCUUUUUUUCCCUCGCUUCGGUGUUUUUCUGUAUCCUUAUGGGCUUCCAAAGAACCGUUGAACAACGUUUUAUAUACUCAUAGGUUCUUCACUUCCACAUGUGUUAGCAUGAGGAAGCUUUAUUUUUUUUUUUUUCUGCUCUACAUUCUAUCAUUCGUUAUCAUUCAGAACGCCUGUCUCCCUGCUCACCUGUCCGGCUGGCUGGCUUGUCACAUGCGCGCCAGUGGGCGAUGAACAGUCACGUGAUGGGAUGGAUGCCACCCCUGCAUCCCUGGCCUCGACGAAGUCGGUUAUUCAGACACGGAAACAUAUUCGAUAAGUAUGCACGCCGUGCAGGGCGGCGUAUGACCCAGUGCGACUGUCGUCAACCCUCGUGACACCGACACACUGCCGAGGUCAGCAGCAAGACGAGGACUGUGCUAUCAGCCUUCAACACUCGCGCAGUUCCGGUAUUUCUAAUGGCGAAUAAUUUCUUUGUUUCUCCCGGAAAGACUGCUUGUUUUGUGAAGCAAACCUGCUGUGACAGUUUCAGACACCAUGCUGAGUUCGCGGUGAGAGGAACUAAUCCACAAAAAAAAAAAAACCAAUGGAGCGGAGUACUUUGCAGGGUCCUGUGAGACACGGUGCGUGACCAUGCACGCGGGAUGGUGUUUGUGGUCGGCACACACGCUGUGGACUGUUGCUAGCUGGCUGUCAGGCCGCAUCACACCUCCAGGCUAUGGACUAUAAUCAUUCCGCAGACUUUCCAUCGGAUGGAGUAUGAGAAAUGGCAGUUAAUAGAGAGGGGGUGGGGCAAGGUUAUGAGGAGUGAUGAGGUUCAAAAUGGUGGCAGCUGUCCACGCACACAGUGGAGGUUGGAUGCAGCGAAGACUCGCACUAGAGCAGACUUUACUCCUUCACGUGGACGGAACUGUCACUUGGUCGUUAGCUGGUGACCGCCAGUGAUCCCCAUCACCUGAUGUGAGGAAGCAGUGACCUUUGCACCGACAACUCGGCACUGACCGUGUCUGGACGAGACUUGCCGAGAGUUCAUUGAAUAUCGGACACCUGCACGUGUUGAUGGGAAGCCAUCCUGCGCGUGUGCUCCACUCCAGGCCCGUCUUUCAUCACUAGGGUAACACGUGCGCCCUGCUGCAGAGGAAGUGACGCAGACGGCGGUUUAUAUCCGCUUUGACCAUCAAAUUCUUCAUUCUCUGUCAUGAGCCAGCUUCAGCAGGUCACGCCUGAGCACGUGCACUGGAAACACGUGCCGCCUGGUUCUGAAGCGUACGAGCGGGUGCUGAGGAUCUAAGGGGUCAACCUGUUCAGUCUCUUGCCUCCUCCUGUCAGCCAUCUGACCCUGAUCAGCCUCCUUCUGUGACGUCGUUCGAGGCCACUCUACAGCACCAUAGUGUUGGCCGAGCUGAGGUCGAGGGCUGGCGACAGCGACUACGACGAUGAAAGCGACGCAUGGCAUCUCUCGACAAAUCGACAUUUCUGAUGAUGUUGCUGAGCAUGCCGCCUUCAACUCUAGGACCGACAUCAGUCACCAUGGCAGUCGCACUGGAAGGCCAUGCGUGUCCGUGGUGAUGGUGCAACAUGACGUCAGAAAGCCGUUGAGAGAAGACACAAGCCUAAGUAAAAGACAGAUUUCGGUUCCUUUCGCUGAAGAAGAGCUCUGGGAGUUUGAAAGUGCGAGACAAGAGGGGGAGAUCUGUGAUUUUAUUGAGAACUUGAUUCCUCGCAAGAACGGAGUUGAUUUGCCGCAAGCCAUGGGAAACAACUCUAGCCUUCUGCUGGAAAAGCAUCCAAACAAUGGGAAUGAUCCGCAGGCGCCUUCCAUCCUGAGAAAGAGUAAAUCAUUCUCAAAGGCCGGCCAGAACAGGAGAGCUGUGCCUUCAAAUCAAAAUGUUUCUACUCUUUCAGGUCCCACAAAUGUUGAUGUGGAUCACAACAAUCUAGGUUUAAGUCACGUGGCCGUCGGGAGAAUGUCGUGCGAGCUCUCGUCAGGCAAAAAUGGGGAGUCACGAGACCGCGGCCGAGCCUCUUCAUUCAAGACCGACCACAAGUCAAAAUUUUCAGGCAGAGAGUUACAUUCUUUCUCUGAACAUAAAGGCUCAUCGUCACUCGUCCACCAGGACAGCGAGUCAGUAGAUGGACAUGGCGAUAGCGGACACAACACGAAGAAACACUCGCGAAAUCUCGCUCUGAAACAGGAAGACGUUGGUACAGACAGAUUUGAAAGAGACGAACACGUCAGGCAAAAGUUGACUAUCCCAGCAGGCCGCUGGAACGAGGAGGAAUCACGUGAAGCAGGUGCUAAAGACUCUCUCAUUUCGUCGAGGUCGGGAGGAUCCAGCCAUGACGGGGAUCGUUCUUCAUCAGGGGCACCACAGCAACUCGACCACGUCUCCAGCAGAGGCCAACACACCCUGUCCAUCCACCCUCACCCUGCGCACUCAACCGACCCGAGACUAAAAGUACGAUCGGAUGACAUACAGAAAUGACCAACGGCGACGCAACUAGCAACGGCAACGGGGAGGCGGAGAUCGUUGGCGAGCUGGGGCUGGCCACCUCCCACUUCCGGCAACGCUCCAUGAGCGACGCCAUCGUGCACGCGCGGCGCAGGCGUCUGCAGUCCUCUCCCAUGCCCAUGCAUCACGUGCUGAUGGAGGACGUGCACGCUCACGUGCGCUGGGCGGAUGAGGAGAAGGGGUCGCCCCUGGCAACCAGCGUAUUAGUCUCUAGCGUCCGGCCUCGAGCUUAUUCGCACGGGUCCGUCGACAUGCCUCACAAGCCCAUUCUUAAGAAACCCACAGGGUUCUAGCGGGACUGCUCCUCGGGGCUCUAGAGGGACAACUUGAUGACUUGCUCGGUACAAAGAUAAUAAAGAGAUAUCAAACUGUGCAAACGUAUUAAGAACAUGUUUCCCAAGUCUACAACACGGAACUGAAAUUCAGGGAGCUGUGUUUAAUAUUACAGACAAAGUAUCAGUUAUCCAGUCCCCCAUGACAUCCGUCAAAUAUGCUGUGAAGUCCCCUUCCAAUUAUAAUGCCCUCGCCAUUUAUUAGGAAGUUGCUGGAUGUCCUUUAGGACCGAUUGAAUAAACCUCCUCAGGACACGUAUAAUCGAAUAACUUCCCCUAGACACCUGUAAUGAAACCAAGAGACAUUCUUUGAAAUGUGUUUCUCUAGUGUUUGUCGUAAGAGUAAGCUAAUAUUGAAACAGCAUUAAGGUAAAACUUUUCAAACGAUUGACACUCUAAUUGUCUCGAGAACAGUUCGUUCUCUGAAGAACGGCUAGAAAUAACCCGGAUGAUGAGAUAAUGCGUCUUUAACGGAAGGGAGUGUCUCAGUGACAUUAAAGUGGGUCCUUUCUAAAGUGGGUCCAUCAUUCCUAUCACUGGCUCGCAGACAGGAACCGGAGAUACCCAUCGCUCCUGAAGCAUCGGCUACAGACACAGGUCAUUUUCCUUCAGGUCAUCUGAUCCCGAGGUCAGAGCCUGUUUACUAACACGACCUCGCAAUACUUCCUGUCCAUAGCUACCCCGAGACACCCUUGUCUUCAGUUCUUAUGACCCAUGGCUGUUGUCUGAACAAAGCACGCGGGUUAAAGUAGUCUGCAAGUCUUUAUUAUGUAUUAUGUAUUGCGAUAUGAGUUAUGCUUCUCUGUGACCGGAAAGCUCCGAGUGUAAUCAGUGCCAGGUGCCUGUGUCUUCCGGUGCAAAGAGUUGUCCGAGUGCAUGUAUUCAAGCAGACAGAAUUCAUGAAAACCUUAAUGUAUAGAUGACCUGAACAGUGUGAUCGAUAUACACCAGUGAUGUUAUGCCAAAUAUGUCUAUCAGCCUUUCCAUUUCGCUGCUUGUGGAAUAAGCAGGUGACAAGAUAUCAGGAGGAAUUAAUUCACUUUAUUCCCGUGUGAAAGGUUUUAUCAUUACUCUACCAUGUGUCACUAGCUGUCACUUCAGUUCAGUCCCUUGACUCGGGUAACGGUUGGCACGAGGUCAAAAAAUAGAUCAGAUUAAUUACUGCUUGCUGUCUUUAAAGGGGUUUAUCAUGGUAUUCUCUUUGAUAGUAUUUAAUAAUGUCCAAAAAUUCAAGCGGUUGAUACUGAAAACAUAGCAGACGAUCUGUUGGAAUUCAGACUAUUGUGAAGAAAAAGAGUACAUCUCAGGAUUUGUAAGCCGAAGUUUUAUGUGUAUAUAUGCUUAGAGACUUAGAAGCUGAUAACUGAAAAAAAAAAUCAAGAUUGACCUCGCAUUUUUCUUCGUUUGCUAUGAUAAGUUGUAGUUUCAUGAGUUCAGUCUUCGGCACGUUGUACUUUGUAAAUAGCAAUGUACUUAAUAAAUAUGGGCAUGCGAUACAGUGCAGGGUCCACCUACCAUCUUCCCUCCCCUCCCCUUUCAUAAAAGUAAGGACUGUGCAGUGCAUGGAACGAUCGACACAUCCAUAUUAUCCAGACACAAAUGUUUAAUAAACCGUGCCUUCUUGUUGUGAAGAUGUGCUUACAGUCCAUGACAGUCAUCACUGUAUCUUGUAGGUGGAUGAACAAGCGAGUGAACGAUUGACUUUCACGUUCACCUUUAAUUAUUAUGUUCAUUUAGUUAUUUAUUUUAAGAAUUGAUCUGUCAUUGAGUCAGUAGGUGGAGCGGGGAGGCGGUCGCGGGUGUGCCAGAAGUUAAUGCAAGGGAACUAACCCGCUACUCUGCUGUCAAAUUUGUUUUACAGACUUGCUUCCCUUAAGUACGUUGAACCUAUGUGACCUGUUGAAGAUAAAACGAUUUUCUUCGUUUGGUUGUCAAAGAAUACAGUCAGACAAAAUAAAAAUGCUUAUAAACAUU